CCAGUUCCCGCGCCCGAGCUGCCGGGGAGCCAUGGGCCGCUACCGCAUCCGCGUGGCCACCGGGGCCUGGCUCUUCUCGGGGUCGCACAACCGCGUGCAGCUGUGGCUGGUCGGGGCUUGCGGGGAGGCGGAGCUGCAGCUGCAGCUGCGGCCGGCGCGGGGCCAGGAGGAGGAGUUUGAUCGCGACGUUCCCAAGGACUUGGGGCCCCUGCAGUUCGUGAAGCUGCGCAAACACCACUCCCUGGUGGACGACGCGUGGUUCUGCGACCUCAUCACGGUGCGGGGCCCGGGUGCCUGCGAGGAGGCCACCUUCCCCUGCUACCGUUGGGUACAGGGCCAGGGCGUGCUGAGCCUGCCCGAGGGCACCGCACGCCUGGCAGGAGACAAUGCCCUGGACAUGUUCCAGAAGCAUCGAGAGACAGAACUGAAGGAAAGACAAAAGCUGUACUGCUGGGACACCUGGAAGGAGGGGUUACCCCUGACCAUAGCUGCCGGGUGUCAGGACGACCUGCCUCCCAACAUGAGAUUCCACGAAGACAAGAGGCUGGACUUCGAGUGGGCCCUGAAGGCGGGGGCGCUAGAGAUGGUCCUCAAACGUGUUUACACCCUCCUGAGCUCCUGGGACCGCCUGGAGGAUUUUGAUCAGAUCUUCUGGGGCCAGAAGAGCGCCCUGGCUGAGAAGGUCCACCAGCGCUGGCGGGACGAUGAGCUUUUUGGCCACCAGUUCCUCAACGGCGCCAACCCCAUGCUGUUGAGACGCUCCACGUCUCUGCCCUCCCGGCUCGUGCUGCCCCCCGGGCUGGAGGCACUGGGGGCCCAGCUGGAUAGAGAGCUCCAGAACGGUUCCCUGUUUGAGGCCGACUUCAUCCUGCUGGAUGGAAUUCCCGCCAACGUGAUCCGAGGUGAGAAGCAGUACCUGGCCGCCCCCCUCGUCCUGCUGAGGAUGGCACCCAAUGGGAAGCUGCUGCCCGUGGUCAUCCAGAUCCAGCCUCCCAGCCCCAGCACCCCCACCCCCCCGCUGUUCCUGCCCUCAGAUCCCCCACUCGCCUGGCUCCUGGCAAAGGCCUGGGUCCGAAAUGCCGACUUCCAACUGCACCAGCUCCAGUAUCAUCUGCUGAACACUCACCUGGUGGCCGAGGUCAUUGCUGUGGCCACCAUGAGGCGCCUCCCGGGGCUGCACCCUGUCUUCAAGCUCCUGAUCCCGCACAUCCGCUACACCAUGGAAAUCAACACCCGGGCCAGAUCCCAGCUCAUCUCAGAAGGAGGAAUAUUUGAUAAGGCGGUGAGCACCGGCGGAGGGGGCCACGUGCAGUUGCUGCGUCGGGCCAUGGCUCAGCUGACCUACCACUCCCUCUGUCCUCCUGACAACCUGGCUGACCGAGGCCUGCUGGGAAUCCCAAGUGCCCUCUACGCCCAUGAUGCUUUACGGCUCUGGGGGAUCACUGCCCGGUACGUGGAGGGCAUCGUCCACCUCUUCUACCACAGGGAUGACAUCGUGAGGGGGGACCCGGAGCUGCAGGCCUGGUGUCGGGAGAUCACUGAGGUGGGGCUGUGCCAGGCCCAGGACCGAGGUUUCCCCGUCUCCUUCCAGUCCCAGAAGCAACUCUGCCAUUUCCUUACCAUGUGUGUCUUCACAUGCACCGCUCAGCACGGGGCCAUCAACCAGGGCCAGCUGGACUGGUAUGCCUGGGUCCCUAAUGCCCCAUGCACAAUGCGGAUGCCCCCACCCACCACGAAGGAAGAUGUAACAAUGACCACGGUGAUGGGCUCACUACCUGAUGUCCGACAGGCCUGUCUUCAAAUGACCAUCACAUGGCAUCUGGGGCGCCGCCAGCCAGACAUGGUGCCUCUGGGGCAUCACAAAGAAAAAUAUUUCUCGAGCCCCAAGGCCAAGGCUGUAUUAAACCAAUUCCAAACGGAUUUGGAAGACCUAGAAAGAGAGAUUACAGCCCGGAAUGAGCAACUCGACCUGCCCUAUGACUACCUGAAGCCCAGCCGCAUAGAGAACAGUGUCACCAUCUGAGGCCCGUGGCACCCCCACCUGCAAGACUUUAGAUCAGCUCCACUACUAACAUUUCCAUCUUGAAUGUCAUGGUUUCCAAAGGCUCUGCUGCUAAAGCCCUAUUUUCUCCCCCAACCGAAUCCCCCUACAUCAGUACCCCACGCGCUCAGGGGGUGGGCAGCAAACCUUUCCUGUAAAGGGCCAGAUAAUAAAUAUUUUAGGCUUUGUAGGCUGCACGGUCUCUGUCACAACUACUUUAACUUCCCCGAGAGAGAACAAGAGCAGCCACAGACGAUAUAUAAGUGAAUGAGUGCGACCAUGUUCCCGUAAAACUUUACUUAUGAGCAGUGA